AUGAGAUCUGCUACAAAAGUUGAUACUGAUAGAUUGUUAAAAGAAGGGGAUAGUCGUGGAUUUCCUGGAAUGUUAGGAAGUAUUGAUUUUAUGCAUUGUAAAUGGAAAAAUUGUCCAGUUGCUUGGAAAGGUAUGUAUGUUGGUCAUGUUCGUGAACCGACGUUAGUUCUUGAAGCUAUCGCUUCAUAUGAUCUUUGGAUAUGGCAUGCAUUUUUUGGACUACCAGGAUCGCAUAAUGACAUUAAUGUUUUGGAGCGAUCCUUCUUAUUUACGGAACUUGCUAAAGGACGAGCCCCCCCGGUUAACUAUUCGAUCAAUGGUCAUGAAUAUACAAUGGGAUACUAUCUUGCUGAUGGUAUAUAUCCUUCAUGGUCAACAUUUGUGAAAACAAUUCCAAUGCCACAAUCUAAUAAGCACAAACAAUUUGCUACAGCUCAAGAGUCGGCAAGAAAAGAUGUUGAACGAGCAUUUGGAGUGUUGCAAGCACGGUUUUCCAUCGUUCGUGGACCAGCACGUUUUUGGCAUCGUGAAACUCUUAAAAAUAUUAUGAAAGCUUGUAUUAUAUUACAUAAUAUGAUUGUUGAAGAUGAAAGACAUGUUAAAAAUUUAGAUUAUAAUUAUGAUUCAUUUGAUGUCAAUCCUGAUAUAUCAGUCUCCCAAGAGCGUUCAGCAGAGCUUUUGGAGUUUAUUCAAUGUCAUCGUCGGAUUAGGGAUAGAGAUACUUACUUUCAACUACAACAAGAUCUAAUAGAGCAUAUAUGGAGAACACAUGGAAGUCGUACCUAA